GGGUAAGACAAGCACUGGUCAACAUGCUUCACCGGACCUUUCCCAGAUCUUUGGUUUUCACUCUCGCAACUCUUCACUUCUGUAAUGGACAGUUUGUGGUUGUGGCUCCAAAUCUGAUUCGGACCGACAGCGAGGAGAAUGUUUUCCUUCAGGCCAACGAAGGUACAGGCACCAUCGGAGUUACCAUAAGGAUCACAGACUUCAGCACAGAGAGAGAACUGACCACGCACUACGCAUCCCUCAAUGCGCAAAACAAGUACCACACGCUAGCAUCCAUCCGGGUACCAUCAACAUAUUUAAGGAGGAAUGAGAAAGAAAACAAGUACGUAAAUCUGGAAGUUAAUUUUGGGAAUCAGUACACUGAAAAGAGAGCCAUCCUGGUCUCUUUUCAAGCUGGAUACAUCUUUAUACAAACCAACAAACCCAUUUACAAACCAGGGGAUAUAGUCCAGAUACGCGCAUAUGUCUCCUCCACGAUGUUCAAAGCCAGUGAUUCAUAUGGUGUAGCUUUGGAUAUAAAGAAUUCAGAUGGAGUUGUUCUUGAACAGAAGGACAGCAAGAUACCAAAUCAUGGGAUCUUAACCCAUUCCUACACUCUUCCUGAAAUUGCAAAUGAAGGAAAAUGGACUAUACAAGCAAGAUUUGAUCACUGGCCUCAGAACAACUUCAAUACCACCUUUGAAGUGAAAAAAUAUGUGCUCCCUGCCUUCAACCUCACUGUAACGCCCACAAAACCGUACCUGGAUGUGGAUGACACUGAAUUGAGUUUCGAGAUCACUGCAAGAUAUCUUUUUGGUGAAACUAUUUUUGGAACUGCAUAUGUGGUCUAUGGACUGAGAGAUGGUCGAAAGAUCAUGAGGGCUCCCAAAGUGAAGAAAAUGAACCUGGAAGCAGACACAGAAACUCUUACACUUACGAUGGAUGAAAUAAAACAGGCUUGUGAAGUGCAGUCAGCUCGUGUGGAUUCAGACUGCUCUGCCAGAUCUCUGUUGGGCAGAUAUGUGUACCUCAAAGUCACUGCGCUCACAGAGUCAGGUGGUGACCUGGUUGAAGUCGAGUUAAGCGACGUUAAAAUAGUCCAUUCACCUUAUGUCUUAGAACUGAAAGACAUGCAAAAGUACUUUAAACCUGGCCUGCCCUUCCAUUUUACAAUCCAUGUGACUCAUCACGAUGGAAGUCCAGCCAGUGACAUGAACCUGAGGGUCCACCCGACCGACGUAGUCGUGACCAGCCGCUUUGGGACCGCCGGAGCUUCCAUCAACAUGCCCAACAAGGCCACGCAGCAGUCAAUCAUUGUAACUACUGAGAAACCAGGUCUAAGUGCAGAGAAGCAGGCCAGAAUAGAAGUGACAGUGCAUCCAUACAGAUCUGCAAAUACCUACCAGCCCAACUACCUGUACAUCCACGCUGGAAACCAACAUGUCGCAAUGAGAGAACUAGUCCUGGAAAUGAGCAUCAAGUCUGACAGAAAGAGCAAUGUUAAAGACAUCACGUAUUUGGUCUUGAGCAAAGGAAAGAUUUUGGAGUCCAAUCGUGUACCAGUGAGGGAACAACAGGUCACCAGCAUCACAACCCCAGUCACCUCUGAGAUGAUCCCAACUUUUCGUAUUGUGGCAUUUUACAUCAUUGGAAGAGAGGUGGUGUCAGACUCGAUAAAAAUGCAGGUGUCCGAGACAUGUGUCAAACCACCAAUUAUCGGCACACGGAACGUGAGGCGAACUGACUUCAGGCCAGGAAAAACGCUAGAUCUGAAGAUCCAAGGUGAACCGCUGGCCAAAAUCAGUCUAGUAGCAGUGGACCAAGCCGUGUACCUACUCAGCAAGCAACGGUUCACCCAAAGACAUAUUUUGGAUGAGGUGGACAGCAGAGACAUGGGCUGCACAUAUGGAAGUGGGAAGAAUGCUAUGGGAGUUUUCAGUGACGCAGGGCUGCUGUUUACAAAGGAAAACGGGCCCUUUACAGAAAAUAGACAAGAACUGAAGUGUUCAGACAACAUUAGGAGGAGGCGGUCUGUGCUGACGGAGCACCAGGCACAGCUAUUGGAACAGUUCCAGGAGAAACUCCUAAGGCGCUGUUGUCGGGAUGGUUUGAGGGGAGUUCUAAUGCCAUAUUCCUGCGAACAGCGAGCGCAGUACAUCACAGAGGGACCAGAGUGUGUCAAGUCUUUCCUCAAAUGUUGCAAAAUUUACAAAGAACAGGUCAUCUCUCAGAGCUUAGACGAGCUGGAUCUAGGACGAAACAGGGGCAGUGGAUCAUCCUCUGACAUCUCAGAUACUGACAACAACGAUGCUGACUGGGACGACACCGAUUUCUAUCUGCGAGAAAAAUUUGAUGAAUCAUGGCUUUGGAGGGUUAUGCACCUGCCUGAGACAGCUGACAAGGAUGGACUAGCCACUCUACAUCUAGACACUGCACUACCAGACAGCAUUACCCAAUGGUCCAUCCUUGCUGUGAGCUCCUCCACGAAAACAGGAUUUUGUGUGGCUGAGCCGUGGAAGUUUGUGGUGAAGACUCCGUUCUUUGUGGAUCUGAAGCUGCCAUAUUCUGUGGCGAGAAAUGAACAGGUGGAGAUUAAAGCAGUGGUGCACAACUACUUGGAGGAUACUUUGGAGGUGGUGGUGGUUUUGGGGAAGACGACGAGCAUUUGCAGUGCGGCUUUCUCGCGGCCUUACAGACGGACGGUUACAGUUCGGCCGAGUUCUUCCGCUGUUGUGUCCUAUACCAUUGUGCCACUUAUAACUGGAAAACUACCCAUCGAGGUGUCAGCCUGGGCUAGGAAUGUGUACGACGAUAAGAUUAAGAGGAUUCUUAAUGUUGUGAUGGAGGGAGUGCCAAAGGCUGAAACCAAUAUCUUCCCCUUAGACCCCGCUGCACAUAAAGGCAGACAGGUUGUUCGAAUAAUCAAGCCCGAGCUGAAGGGAGUGAUUGUGCCCAAGUCUGACUCAGUAACAAAGAUCAUAUUGUCAGGAAACGUAUUGGCCGACAGCAUUCAGAAUGCCAUCCAUGAUGACCCCCUGGCCAGGUUAAUCCGGAUGCCUGGAGGUUGUGUGGAGCAGAACCUGGCGGCUGUUACUUUUCCAGUGAUUGCCUCACUGUACCUGGACCGAGCCAAUGCCUGGGAAACAGUAGGAGUACAGCGCAAGAAUGAUGCUAACCAAUACAUAAAAAUAGGAUCACAACACCAGUUGACUUUCAAACGGAGUGAUGGAUCUUACCCCCCCUACCGCAAACUUGGCCCAAGCACAUGGGUCACAGCAUAUGUGGUGAAGGUCUUCACUAUGGUCUACACCUUGUUCGUACAGAGAGGUCAACAUCUGGACAACAUUUAUGGAUUAAUCUGCCAUCCCCUGGAAUUUCUUGUCAGAAAUACACAGUCCCCAAAUGGCAGGUUCAUUGAGGCUACUCCUGUAAGCAACCGAUAUUUGACGGGUGGUCUACAAGGCUCUGAUUCCGAAGCAACAUUGUCUGCAUUUGUCUCAAUUGCACUUGCUCAGGUUAAAGAAGCAAAUGUUGACUGCAGAGUAAAUACACAGGAUGCUAUAAACAAGGCAGUACCGUACUUGAAAAGUUAUCUUUUGAAGAGCCCUGGGCCAAGACCAUACACCACGGCUAUUAUUUCAUAUGCUCUUGCUUUGCUCACCGAUGGAGGCUACGACCCAACCAGCAGUUUACUGGCAGCAUCAUCAGAUGGCACGUUCUGGCCUGAUAACGACUCCGUUUCCAGACUAGAGGGAACUGGUUACGCUCUUCUGGCACUGGUGAAGAUGCAGCGACUGACAGAGGCCAAGAAACCCUUUGCUUAUCUGAGAGAACGCAGCUCUAUGACAGGUUCUUUUGGGAACACUCAGUCCACAAUGGUGGUUCUUCAUGCUCUGUCCGAGUACCUUAACGCACAGCCUCCUCCAGACGCAUCCUACCUGAACGUCAAUCUCCAACUCGGUAAAUUGAAGAAGGACCUGAACUUCAACGCUCAAACAAGCUAUGAAACACGAUCUUUCAAUGCACCAGAGGAUGGAGAGUAUGUAGCAGUGGCUGAGGGAAACGACAUAGGAGCAAUAAAGGUGGUGACAUAUUACAACCAGCUUCCAGUUGCAAAAAGCUGUGAAACCUUUGACAUGGAAGUCACUAUUCAGAAAUCUCAGAGAGAAGAGCCACCUCCAAAAGGAUUCAUCAGCAUCUUUGAUUUCAGUGUCACCGUCAGGGCUCGUGGACCUGACCCUGCAUUUUCUGUGGUUUUGGACAUAAAUCUACCCACCGGCUUUACUCCUGAAACCGGUGACUUGGAAAAUCUGCUCAAUACUGUUGAGAGAUUCAUUGACCACUUCUACUUUGACUAUAAACUGAGCGAAAGAAGCUCCCUGAUUAUCCACAUGCACAAGGUUUCGAACACAUCUCCACAGACUGUGGCCUUCAGGCUUUUACAGCAGUUUAACGUGGGUCUCCUUCAGCCCUCAUCAGUCACACUCUAUGAGUAUUACAAAGAGGAAGGUCAGCGCUGCACACAGCUCUACUCUCCUUCUAACAACCAAAUUCAACUCACUACCAUCUGCAGAGACGACGAGUGUGUGUGCGCACAAGAUGAUUGUUGUAUAGUUAAGGAUGGCCAAAUACAGGACAAGGCACGAGAGACUUUUGCCUGUGAAACGUUACACCACGUUUUUAAGGUGAAGGUGAACAACAUCUCUAGAGAUUACUUCAUCAUAUAUGAAAUGGAGAUUAUGCAAGUCAUCAAGUUAGGUGUGGAGCCAGGUGUGGUGCAAUCUGAAAAGAGAUCGUUCUUCUCUCAUUCGGACUGCAGGACCAUGUGCAUGCUUGAGAUGGGCUCAGAGUACCUCAUCAUGGGCCCAGAGAGGGACAAAUGGUCCCGAGACCCUGCCACUAACAAAAUCACAUAUGUUCUGAGCGAAGACACUUGGGUGGAGCGAUGGCCGACAGACACUGAAUGCAAGACCCCUGCUUUUGAAGCCAAGUGCAAAGGUUUAACUGAUGCAACAGAUCAUCUCAGUGGAGAGGGCUGCAGACAAAAGAAAUGAAACAGUGAAAUUAUGAGGAAAUAAAUCAAGACUUUCAGAAAA